AUGUCUCGCUAUCCAUUACUUGCAGUUUUGCCAGCUAUCACCACCGACUCAGAAGUAGUCUUUCCAUUGUACAAUUCGCAGGCAAUCUCCGAAUGUGGAGCAACGAACAGCAUGGUUAUUGACUGGAAAAAAGAGGCUAUUUUAUCCGACAUUACGGUCGCAUUUGAAUCAAACCAGCACACAAUGCCGAAAGACGACCCCCAAGUGGUUAUGCUUACUGGCUGCUCUGGUUUACUCGGAAGACAUCUCCUCAACGCACUUGCAAUGCAGCCUUCCAUUCUGAAGAUCAUUUGCGUAGCGGUCCGCCACCUCUCAGACCGCCUUAAGAACGGACAAUUACCCCCACCAAGCGGUCGCAUCAUUUACUACUCAGGCGAUCUCACGGAGCCUAGAUUCGGACUUGAUGAAAGGGAAUGGGCUACGAUUUUCGAUGAGCUUGACCUUGUUAUCCAUAACGGUGCUGAGACGUCUCACAUUAAGCACUACUCAGCUCUUCAAGGUACAAAUGUCGACUCUACAAAACAGCUCGUUCGCUCAUGCCUGUCCCGCAUGGUGCCAAUUCACUACAUCUCAACAGCUAGUAUGUCAACGGCUGUAGGUCUCGACAUCUCGUCAGCAAAAUCAUGCACAGGAGUUGGUUGGGCACCCCCAGUUGAUGGUGCGCUAGGCUAUUUAAGUACAAAAUGGGUGUGUGAGGCUAUGCUAGAGCGCGUUCAUGCUAUGUAUAGACUGCCGAUCGUGAUUCAACGACCCUCGGCCAUUAUUCGCGAAGGUGCCGACACUCGGUCAGAAAUGUUCCAGUACGAUCUUCACAACCAACUCUUGCACUACUCGCACAUUACACAAAAGGUGCCACGAAUCGAGCAUAGGACUUAUCUGUUCGACUUUGUCUCUGUCGAGACAUGCUGUAGAGACCUGAUUCGAAACUUACGAGCUAGCAAAUCCAACCGCGAAGGCAUACUGUACGUGAACAGUGUUAGCGACAAGGUUCUACCCGCAGCAGAGAUGGGAAGCAUUGGACUAGAAAAAGAAGGCAAGAUAUAUGAAGCGGUAUCGGUAGAGGAGUGGGUGCAGGAUGCAGUCUCGGCGGGCAUGCAUUCAGCUAUGGCAGCGUUAGUAUUGUGUUCCCUGAUUUCAUAG